AUUCUAUCGAAAAUGUCAUAGUGGUAUAGAAUUAUAUUUUUUUAACAACUUGUCAAAUGGGCAAUGUAUAGGGAAAUAAACAAAAAUUCACAUACAGAAAAUUUCACGCCAGUCUCAUUUAUGGAACACUUUUGCAGAGCUCUACACCCAGACCUCGAUCUGAGUACAACAUGUGUCACCUGGUUUCGUCAGGCCACCCAACACUGUACUGAAUUGAUUUUGCAGAAGAGACGUGGACCUGCCUUCUGGACGACACUAAAGAAUUUUAUUUUUCCCAAUCGCCAGACAUCGUUGCUCAACCAAAAGAUACCAAUCAGCAUACAUCCGAAUCGUUUAUCGGUUAGCGACUGUCAUGCGCUCUUCCUGGAUAUUGUCAAUGAUUAUGUGGAACGCGCGCCACGCUACUCCAUCGAAUCGGCCACCAAUGUCUUACUCUGGCAAAUACUCUAUUCGCUAAUGGGUAUUAUGGCACUCGGCACGGUACUGGUCACGACCAUAUUCGCCUAUCGCAAGUUCGGGCAGUCACUGGAGAAACCACUUGAUCCGCUCGCCGCGGUAUUUGUGCCGGAGAAGCGUGCUGCCGCUUACAUCAAUCACAAUUUGCGCGUGAUGAAGUACGAGCUGCAGCGACUGCGCAUACGACACAUCAUACAACCCGAAGAUGUGCUCGCACCGGACGGCACCAUCACGUUAGUCAUGAAAGUCGCAUCUAAACUGAACUUCGUUGACGGCAUUGUCGGUAGUCACACGCACUGUAGCGGACGUUUAUUUCGCCUUCAAGAAAUGAACUCGAAGAUAAAAACCGACUACAAAACCGAAACAAUAACAAAGAUGAUGAACUUUAUGAAUAACUAUUCGCGUAAAUUGCAUUUGUUGGUGAUCUUCGAAGAGGAUCCGAUCUAUGAGGAGCUAAUGCGUCGUCGUCGCGCACAUCCAUUGAAAACUACUUCACCGCUCGCGCUGCCAAAUGUUAGUAGCACGAAGAGCAGUCUUGGCUUUUCAAUGCGCAGCAUUACACCACGCUCCAGUAGUGCCCCAAAAAGUAAAGCAACAAGUCCACGUCCACCCACGCAAAUACCACGCAAUCUCUCGCGGCGCGCCUCAACUUUAACCCUGAGAAAGUAGUUUUAAAGUAGCUGGUGCUGCGGUGUUAUAUUUGCCUGGUUAGGCGUGAGUGUCUAUAUAUAUGGUGUCUAUGUGUCUAUAUGUAUUAAAAAGCCAAGUUACUGAGUUUUUACGCAAUUUAUUUAUUGCCUGAUUGCUGUACUUACAAGAAAUCGAAAAUUUGUUGUAAUCACUCACGGUUUUAGCAAAUAUUCGUAAAUAUUCAAAAUACAUAAAUUGCUUAAAUACUACAACAAAAAAAUAUAUAUAAAAUAGCAUUUAAAUUACCAAACAUAUAAUCGUUAUGUAUGUAUGUAUGUUUCUGGAGAUAAGGUACAUGAGUAGGUAUUUUAACUUUCAUGAUGGAACAGCGUGCGUUGGCGCUCAAGGGUUAAGUGGAAAAUAUAUGGAGGUUGCCAACGAACACCGCUACAUUGGUAGUUGGUAGCGCGCGUAAGGACGGAAUGUGGACAUAAGAAAUAAGGUGAAAGUACAAAAGUGAGGUUAGAAAAGUUUAAGAAGGGAUUAGAGAGCACAAACCAUGUUAUAGAUUAAUUAUCAAUAAACUACCGGUUAACUUGUUAGAUAAAUAUAGAAAAAGUGUGAAAAAAUAAAUGAGUAAAGAUAUAUCCGUGUGUGCAUGUUUGUAAGAAGAUAAUGUGUGGGCGGUCAUAUGAAAAGUUCUG